AUGCUUCUGCAAGAUUCGGCUACUCCUCGCCUUUUCGGACUCAUUGUGUCUACAGUCAAUGAAUUCCACCGUGCGUAUUUCGAAGACGCACGUGCCCACUGUUGCCAGUUGAUAGGACUCAUUUUCAAAAGCAUUGAAAGGACAGAAGCGAAAUACGAAGCAAUGGGACCUCAAGAUGAAGCAAGCCUGCCGGCCGAAGCCAAAUCCGUACUGAUGAAUAUUUUGGAGGAACGCAGAUUUGAUAAAAGUGCAGUUGUUCGUGUCGAAGUUGUUCGUGCGCUUUCUGUUUUUUGCCAGAUGAGCGACUUAAUGAGAUACGAUGCAAAAUUUGAACCCAACAGUUAUAUCAUCAGUGCACUACGCGACGUUUCGCUCAGUGUACGCAAAGAGGCUGCACGUUGUACGCGACUGAUUUCAAAAGUGGAAAUUGCUGCAUUUGUUUCAGCUAUUGUUGAAGAACAGGACAGCGAUUUUCGUUACAUUGCUUACAACCGUGUAAUCAAUGACUUGCACGUCCGAUCGCUUACGGUAGAGCAGCGCACGCUGUUGUUAAAAAUUGCUUUUGAUGAGAGCGGUGGUAGGUUUUAG